AAACUAAAAUGUAAAUAAUAUUCUAUAAUCGCUCAAUGUUUAAAACUAAAAUAUUAUGUUAUAUCCAGAUUCCAAAUUUCUUAAUAGGAACAUUAAGCUCCUAGUUCGUUAUAUUUUAUAUUCUGAUAUACUUUUUUUAGACUCGUAGUAAAAGCUUAUUGAUUUGUAAAUCUGAAUUUAUUAUUAUUUUAAUAAUCUUAAAACACACUUAGCGAAUAUUAAAAUUCAUUUUAAUAGUAAAACAAUGUCUAUGCCUGCAUUUCCCUCGAAUACUCCUCAAGUUCCUCAAGCCAUGCAACAAGUACAACAACAACAACAGCAACAGCAGCAACAACAACAGCAACAGCAACAGCAACAACAACAGCAACAACAGCAAGAAAAAUUGGACAAUAUAUCUAAAGUGAAAACUCAAGUGAUUCAACUCAAAGAAUCAUUAAGUUGUGUGCUUCGUGCAGCUUCAUAUACUCUUCAACAAAAUCAUUACAUCGACACAGGAUUAUUAAAAACUGUAGAAAUACCCGGUCCCCGGUUUGAGAAAACCAUUGAAGAAUUUUUUUCAAUUUGUGAUCAAAUUGAAUACAACCUUAAGACAGCCAUCGAGUGUCAACAACAAGGUCUAAGCAGUCAACGCUAUAUACCACUGAUGGUAUAUCCUACAAGAACGGAACCACUACCAGCUCAAGAGUUAAGUUCACUCACAUAUCCUCAGUAUUUAAGCACAGUUCGAUCACAGAUUUCUUAUUUAAAAGAAGUUCAAGAAUUACUAUUGUCUACAACUCAAAACAAUUCUAAUGAAUAAUAAAGAAAAAAAUGUAUAUUUAAA